AUGUUGAUACUAUCGUUUACCGCGUUUAUCGCGGUAAUCUCUCUAAGUGGUGCACUACCUACACCUUCGAACAAAGAAAAUGGUCCCGUCGCUGAGCUGCCCGAAAAUUGGGACCAAACAAAAGAUGAUACUCAAUCUCUAUUCCUGAAUAAAAGCGACAAAAAUGAUUUGGAGCCAUAUCCGCUCGCCCUCAGUGAGGAAGGAAACCCCGAAGGGUUCGAACAAGCCAUUGAUCAGAGAUAUGAUUCCCCGGCUUCAAACGGAGAACUAGACAAUCUUAUCAUGAGACCUGAGCUAUACGGUGAACCUCCAGCUAUCGAAGGUCUUUCUUCUGGAUAUGACUCCCGACGAAGAAAACGUGGUAGCGGAAAAGUUGGCGGCGCCGGGGCAGCUACAAAAGUAGCUACGAAAUCCAAUUCUGGAAAGAAAAAUCUAAAACCUCAAGAGGGCCUUUCACCCGUUGAUGCCAUAGCCGAAGAUCAAGAUGCUUACCGUCUCAAACGUGCAGUGUCAAAGAAUACAGACACUACUUCAGCCAAGUUAACCACAAAGAAAUCCGCAGAAAAGAAAAAGAAUUUCCACCCUAUUUCUGACCGCCGCAAGAGGGAUUCUGGACUAAGUGCUGCAGAUGUCCGAGCCCUUCUCAAUAUGUGGGAAGCUCAAGAACGUCGCAAGCAAGAAUGGGACGCCAAUCGCUGGGCUGCAGACCGUUACUAUGGACACGUUAACAAUCUUGAUGAGGAGCAACCUGAAGUUGAUGAAAACGGUGAUGUUUGGUACAACGAGCCAGUUGUAGUUGGUCAUGAAGGUUACCCACGUCACUCUUACUUCUCUGAACAGAAUCGCAUGGCAUUGGCGCAGGGUUUGCCUGAACUUUACCAAGUCGAUCCAAACGAAGUUGCACGUAGGUAUGAAGAGGCCCGCCGCAAAAGAAUGUAUGCUAACAGAAUGAAGCGUUUCAUGGUCGCUCGUAAACGAUCAGAUGGUAUGGCCCACCAAAACAACUAUAGGUCCCGCGAUGAUCUCUACACUUUGGCAGAACUCCUUCGUUCUUCGCCACGUGCGCAAGCACAAGAUCUGCCCGUUUACCGGCGACUUAUCCUCUAA